AUGGAGCGGUUCAAAGUAAACGCCUUGCGUGAAUUCGACAAUAUUGGUCAGCAGUUUCCUGGCAUUCACCCACCUCCUAGUCGUAAUAUCCUGGCACUGCACGAACAGGCUCUUGAUGGACAAGUCGUCGUAGAUCAGAGCCAUUCACGUGCUCCAGUCGAUCCUGCUUGUGACUCCUUCAUUCACAGACCCCAAGAUACCUCCACUAUUGACAACAUGGAAGAUUUGAGGGCUACCCAAAUUACUCCUGCUCCUUCAAUGGGCCCUCCUCGAAGAAGUAGAAAGAAAAAGGCCCCGACUCUACGUGAUGGGGACUGGGAACCAUUUAAAGACCGAAUCCUCGAACUCUAUGAGACAUAUAAGUUGCCACUUGAGAAAGUGAAAACAAUGAUCGAGGAGGAGUUCGGCUUCACCGCUCAAACACGGCAGUAUCAAAGCCGUAUAACCAAAUGGGGCAGAGACAAGAAUAUCAAGAAAGUCGAGAUGGCAGCCAUUGUCCGGAAGCAUCAGCAGAGAGAGAUUCUCGAGACUGACAAGAGGAAGCUUCGUUUCACAGUCAGGGGCAGAGAGGUUGAAGCGAACAAAAUCGACCGGUGGAUGGACAGAAAUAAUGUCCCACGAAAUGAUCUGUAUGCUCCGAGUCCUGCAGCAUCCUUAUCAGACAUGAGUCUUGCCCUCUCUUCCGGUGGCAUCACACCAGUAGCUCAGAGUCCAAUGGCAUCUAGUCCCGCGCUUUCCGUACGAGGGGCGAUUUUAGGCCGCGGCAGUACUUUCACUGAACAAAGUCCAGCAGCGCCUUUCCAUCGAGCUCUUCCAGCUCAGCUCCCGGCUUCUGAUACAUCAGCAAUAAGCCCGGCUCAUCCACCCUCAAGCUCUAUAUUAGCCCCACAGGAGUAUUGCCACGGAAAAUCUGAUGAAGAUCGUCUACGAUCAGAACUCUAUGCGGCAGAGACCGUGUUCGGCUCCGAGGAUGGUCUAACCCUUCAUAUAUUGACAGCGCUAAGUGAAGUUCUUCUCCAACAAGGGAGAUUUAAAUCCGCCGAAGACAUGAUUCGCAGAGUGGUUGCAGGCUAUCAAAAGACAGUAGGGGGUGACAAUAUUCGCACUCUCGAUGCUUUGGAACUCCUAGGGCAAGUUCUCAGGUGUCAGGGGUUCCGUCUUCAAGCCUUAAAACUCCUAGAAGAAUUACUUGAGACCAAAACGGUGGCUCUUGGUCACGAGCAUCGGUCCACCCUGUCCUGCAUGGUUCUUCUAUCAAAGGAGUAUUUGAGUCAUUACCAGUGGGGCAAGGCGGCUUUACUUUCUCAGCGAGCGCUAGAAAUAAGAGAGAGGGUAUGGGGUGAAACCUACUACAGUGCGCCGGAAAUCAUGGCGAACCUGGGGCUUGCAUACAUGCUUGGGGGCCGAUUAAAAGAGAGCAAGCAGCUGAUAGAACAGGCCCUCAAAUCAAGCAAGAACCACAGGGGGGAUGAGUAUGUUGCUCCGCUGCACAUCAUGCACAGCCUGCUAACUAUAUAUGUACGACUGAGCGAUUGGCGACAGGCAGAGGUGGUUGCAAUGCAACUUUUCAACAUAAAGAUGAGAGAAGUAGGCGAAGAACACCCCGACACGCUGUUCGUCAAAGGAGAGUUGGCCACUAUAUAUGAAGGUCUAGGACAAUUGGAGAAAGCCAAAGAGACAGGAGAGCAAGUGCUAGAGGUGCGGAAGAAAAUACUUGGGGAUAAACAUCCCCUUACAUUACAAACUGCAGGAAACCUGGUUCGUAUAUAUAAGAAGAAGAAGGAAUAUAGAAAGGCUGAGGAGAUUAGGGUCUAUAUUCAGCUGAUGAAAUGGGGCGCACCGGCCGGUAUUCGAUUAGGGUAG